CAAUUGAAAUUGUCAAAAGCAUCUGAUUAGUUUAAUUGUCAAGCAGUCACUUUUUCACAAAACACUUGUGUGUUGUUAAUAAAUUUUACGUUUUACUUUUAUUUUCGAAACAAAAAAUAAAGUGUAACUUAAAAGUUAAUUAAACAGAAUGGGUAAUAAAUCUUCAUUAUUGUUGCGUCCCGAAGAAAUUGCACAAAUUCAAGAGGAGACUGGCUUUACACCCAAUCAAAUUGAACGUUUAUAUUCACGUUUCACUUCUUUGGAUCGUGGUGAUUGCGGUACCUUAUCACGUGAUGAUUUUUUACGUAUACCAGAAUUGGCCAUUAAUCCAUUGUGUGAACGUAUUGUUCAUGCCUUCUUUGCCGACAGUACCGAUGAUCGUGUCAAUUUUAGACAAUUCAUGAAAGUAUUGGCCCAUUUCCGACCAAUUAAAGAUAAAAAGGAAAGUAAAUUGAAUUCACGUGAAGAUAAAUUGAAAUUUGCCUUUAAAAUGUACGAUUUGGAUGAUGAUGGUGUCAUUAGUCGUGAUGAACUUUUGAGUAUUUUACACAUGAUGGUCGGUGCCAAUAUCAGUCAGGAUCAAUUGAUUAGCAUAGCUGAACGUACUAUUUUGGAGGCAGAUCUUUGUUGCCAGGGUAAAAUUUCCUUUGAGGACUUUUGCAAAGCUUUAGAACGCACUGAUGUUGAACAGAAAAUGUCUAUACGUUUCUUGAAUUAAACCGCCUUUGGGCAAAACAGCUUUAUUUAAUUAUUUACACACAAACAAAAAAAAAUAUACAUACAUACAAAUAUUUUAAGGCUAUUUUUAUAUAAAUAGUAAAAACAAAGUAUUAACUUUA